GAUCGGAAAUCCGCGGCCAGUUGUGGUCAGUCUAAGAUCUAGGUCGGUCCUCGGAAGACACACUUCUCUCGCGUGAGUUCCGUCGUCGGGUUGUCGGUGGAAAGUCCUUUCCUUGUGAUCCUUGCAAAUAAACUCGUCCAAAAUGACUGCAAAAACGCGUCGUACCAGCAGCAUUGCGAUUGUCGAUGAAGAUGAAGAGCAACGGUUGAUCAUCAUGCGCAAGGCGUUCCAGAUGUUCGACACGACCAAGAGCGGCCUGAUCGAGACGGUCAAGAUCUCGACGAUCCUGAACACGCUCGGCCAGCAGUUUGACGAGGGCGAGCUGCAGGACCUGAUCGACGAGGAGGACCCGGACAACACGGGGAAGGUCAACUUCGAUGGGUUCGCCAACAUUGCCGCCAACUUCCUGAUAGAGGAGGAGGACGCCGAAGCGAUGCAGCAGGAGUUGAAGGAAGCGUUCCGGUUGUACGAUCGCGAGGGCAACGGUUACAUUACCACAAGUACACUGAAGGAGAUCUUGGCCGCCCUGGACGACAAGCUGUCGAGCGAGGACCUGGACGGAAUCAUCCAGGAAAUCGAUACCGACGGUUCCGGCACUGUUGAUUUCGAUGAAUUCAUGGAGAUGAUGACCGGAGAAUAAUUUGCCGAUUACCGGGGAAAAAGAUCCGGCUUGCCAUGCCAUCAUCGUCCUCCCCCGCCCAAAACAGCUCCAAGCAACAAACAAAACGACAACGUAGCGAUAUACUAGUGAGAGUUCCAGCAAUUUCUUCUUUUUUUUCUUCGUUUGUUUGUGCCAAAACACGUGUCCACCUCCACCAUCUUGCCAGCAUCGAUAACAAAAAAGAAAACAAGAGCAACGUGGGCUCGACAUCUGUGCUUCCGGUUGACUACCAACCGAAGAAGUCAGGCUCGAGGUUUCUUCAUUUCAGAAAGAUGCCGGAUUGCAAUUCACCUGCUUUCAAAUACAAUUUUACCUGCGCUGUUCUUUUGCUCCCUUUCAAUCACGUACACCACUUUCCAUUUCAAAACACUUUGCCAUCCGAGGCGAAAUUCCUUCUAAAAGCUUCGUUUUAUGCUCUACUCGAAACUACCUUCUACCACUAUCUUGGUGGAUGUAUACUUUCACAUUUCUUACUAUCUUCUUCUCACUGUCUUCUUCAUUCAGAGAAAAAAAAAACCUAUUUUCGAAUUCAAAUUGACUUGCAAUUGAAUUUUAUUCAAAUUAUACGUUCUCUUCCACUUUCAACCUCCUCAAGACGAAGAACCUCUCUCUUGACUUGUUUUUCCUUCCCGUUCAAAACAUCUGUCACAGCUGCCACUCUUCCUCUCUUUUUUCCUGCUCGUUGCAUCUGCUUGUACAAUCUGCUUCACAAGUAAGAUGGAAGCUGCUGUUUUGUUUUUCACCCUCUUCACCCCUUCUUUCACUUUCCUCUCCACAACCACUCUGUACUAUUUUCCUUUUCUUUUCCUCCUCUAUCCACCACUUGCUCUAUCUUUUCACACACACUUUCAUCAUCCACAAAAAUGUCACUUUGCUAGGAUUUUUUGUUUUCUUUUGAGUCAAGCAAUAGAAUACCACACUUAUUGUUCAUUGUAGAUAUGUUUAAGAGAAAAAAAUAAAGAUGAUAUGAUGUAAUGUUAUGAAAACGAGAAUAAAGUGCCACACUAUUUAUUUUAAA